UUAAUGACUAAGUUACCCCAAUGCCUCCAAAACAGUGUAUCUGGCACCAGUUUCCAUCCAGAAAACUCUAGUCUUGGAAUCUCCUUUCUAUUUCAGAAGCUCUCUCAUCGUCAUCGUCUUUCCAAUUUCGUUAUGGCCGUGGAAGUGUACGAUGGAACUGGUGUUUUGCGAGGGAUAAUUGACAGACUGGUGUCCAGGGAUUUCCAGUAUCUUUCACGUUGGCAGGGGGUAGUUUCACAUCUGGAGAAGUUGCAAAAAAAUUUGAGGCUGAUUCAAGCAGUCCUCGUCGUUACGGAGACGUGUCAAUCCAACGGGUAUCCGAACUUUUGCCUGGACGAUUUACUGGACUUGGCUUAUAAUGUGGAUGACGUACUGGAUGAGCUUGCCACUUGUAUUUUAGAGAGUGAGCUGAUGGCCAAAGGGGGUUUUAGCAUUAGCAAGGUACGUAGCUUUAUCCCUGCUUGUUUUACUGAUUCGACUCCAAAUCUCCACGUGGUGACCAAGUUAAUAGAUAUCACUCGCCGAUUUGAAAAGUCAUCCGAAGGUUUAUCGCUCAACUUUGAGCCGUUUUACUGGCCGAUUCGUGAAGAGACAUCAAUUGCUGUUGAGAAAAUGCCACUCCCUACAUCUUUGCUUACACAGUCUAGUAUUUACGGCCGAGAUGAGGAUAAAGAAAAGAUACUUGAAAUGGUGCUAAAUGAGGAGUCAAAUUAUUUCAAUUUUAGUGUUAUAAGCAUUGUUGGAAUGAGUGGAAUUGGCAAAACAAGGCUAGUUCAAGAGGUCUACAACGACAAGGCUUUGGAAGCUUUCAAUAUCAGAGCAUGGGUAAAUGCCUCUUUUCGCACCACUAUUGACGGAAUUCACGAGCAGCUUCUCCAGCAGAUCACUUUAUCAUCCUGCAGGUCUUAUGCACGACAAGAAAGGCGAAUUGCCCUGGCAAAAGCUUUAAUUGGAAAAAAAUUCUUGUUUGUCUUGGAUGAUGUCUGGAAUGAGACUUCUCUCGCUUGGCAUUUCCUUUUUCGUCCUUUCAAGGAUGCAGCAGCAGGAAGUAAAAUAAUUGUUACUACAUGUAAUGUUGAUGUUGAAGUAACAAUGUGCCCGAGUAAAUGUUAUAACUUGAAUCUCCUAACAAAAGAUGCCUGCUUGGCUAUAUUUGAGGAGCAUGCAUCUGGAAUUGGGGCCAUUAAUCCACAACGAACUUCACCACUAAUUCGAGAAAAAGUUGUUGAAAAGAUCCGAGGCUUGCCUCUGGCUGCAAGUACUCUUGGUGGCAUGUUACGCUUUGAGCACAGAAGUGAGUGGGAAAACAGAUUGAAUGACAGAACAUUCAAUGAUUUAUAUGAAUCUAGAAUUGUCCCUGUGUUAGAAAUAACUUGCUUUCGUCUUCCUUCGUAUUUAAGAGAGUGUUUUGCUUAUUGUGCAAUUUUACGUGAGGAUUAUGAAUUUGAGGAGAAGGAACUUGUAAUUUUAUGGGUGGCAGAUGGUCUGAUCCAUCCACCAUCUGUAGGCACAAAAACAUUGAAAGAUGUGGGUGUUGAAUAUUUUCAAGCUUUACUUAAAAGGUCAAUAUUUCAACCAUCAAGCAGCAAUGCUUCUAAAUUUAGAAUGCAUGGCUUUUUCAACCGUCUGGCCAGGAGUAUUUCAGUGAAAAGAAGUUUUAAGUUGGAAGAGGAUUUUUUAAUCUCAGAAAGAUUUGAUGAGAUUCGGUAUUUUUCUUACAUUUGUGGUAAUUAUGAUCGAAAAGAAAAUUUUGAAAUUCUACAUAGAAUGACUCACCUAAGGACUUUUCUGCCAAUUGUUAAAAGUGGUAAUAGUCAUUACUUGAGUAAUAUGGUUCUUUUUGAUUUGCUGCCAAAGCUGAAAAAAUUGAGGGCAUUAUCUUUGGAAAGUUAUUAUAUUACCAUGUUACCAGAUUCAAUUGGAGAUUUGAAAUUUCUACGGUACCUCAAUCUUUCUAAUACUGAGAUCAAAAGUUUACCUGAAUCAACAAGUUUAUUAUUUAACUUGCAAAGUUUGAUAUUAAAACAUUGUUCCCGACUUAUCAGGUUGCCUUCUAACGUUGGAAGUUUGAUCAAUCUCUAUUACCUUGACAUUACAGGAGUGAAGUUAGCAAACAUGCCUCUAGGAAUGGAAAAUUUGAAAGGUCUUCAUGUGUUAUCUAAUUUUGUUGUGGGCAAAAACAAGCAAUCUUGUAUAGAAGUUCUGAAAAAUUUAAAAUUUCUCUCUGGGGAACUUUACAUUUCAAGAUUAGAAAAUGUAUUUCUUGACUUCCGAGGAUCUAUUUUAGCUGAUAAGAAGUACCUAGAAGUGUUGGUAUUAGAAUGGGGAUCUCAACAUGAUGAUUCACGAGACAAGACAAAAGAAAAAGAAGUCCUUGACAUGUUGCAGCCCCAUAAAAAUCUAAGCAAACUUACAAUCAAAUGUUAUGGUGGUCUGGUAUUUCCAUCUUGGGUAGGAGAUCCAUCAUAUUCCAACAUGGUGGUCCUAAGAUUGGAAAAUUGUGAACAAUGCACAACCAUGCCGUCACUUGGCCAAUUAAGAUUUCUUAAAGUACUUGCCAUUAAAGGCAUGGGAGGACUAAAUAGGAUUGGUUUGGAAAUUUAUGGGGAAAAUUGCGCAAGACCGUUUCCAUCUUUGGAGACUCUUUGUUUUGAGGAUUUGCAAGAAUGGGAGUAUUGGGAACUUAUCAAAGAAAACGAGCAGGUCAAUGUAUUUACUUGCUUACAAGAGCUUUCCAUCUUAGAUUGCCCAAAGCUCUAUGGCCAGUUACCAGACCAUCUUUCUUCAUUGGAGAAGCUUGUUAUUCGUGAGUGCAAGCAGCUGGUAGUUUCAUUCAACUGUCUCCCUUCAUUGAAAAAACUUUUGGUUCAUGAAUGUCGACACUUGGUAGUUUCAAUCUCAAGCCUUCAUAUGCUCCACGAACUGGAAGUAGUUGGAUGCGAAAGAAUGGUGUCUUGUAGUCCAUGUGACUUUAAGUCACUAAAGUCUAUGACACUUUCAAAUAUUUCAGAAACUAAGAACUGGUUUCUUCAAGGGUCUCAGAAAGUAGAACAUCUAAAGAUUGUCAACUGUGAAUGGCUCAUAAAUUCAUGGUUGAAUAGCAUUUGUCUUCAGAAGCUACCAGAAAGGUUUCAUAGCCUUACUUCCCUCGCAGAACUGUCUAUUGAAAAUUGUAACAGCCUUGUUUCAUUUCCAGAAGCAAGUUUUCUUUCUGCUUUGAGUGUACUUAAGAUUAGAACUUGCAGUUCUCUAAAAUUCAUUUUUGAGGGAAUGAGUAAUAAUGAUGUACACGUGGAAAACUUGCAAAUUGAGGAUUGUCACUCUCUAACAUUCCUUGCAAGACGUCACCUACCCCCGUUUCUAAAACAACUUUCCUUGAUAAACUGUAAGAAAUUGCAGGGGUUGUUGGAUGAUAAAAAUUACACUUGCUCCUCUUCUAUGUCAUUGGUGCACAAGGAGGAUGAUAGAAAUGUUAGUACAAAUCUUCUCGAGUAUUUGCAUGUCUCCCAAUGUCCAUCUCUCACUUGCUUAUCAUCAAGGGACCAAUUAUUUGUUUUCCUGAAGCACCUUGAUAUUCGGGAUUGCUUGAAGCUCCAAUUAUUGCAACACCAGUUACCUGCAACACUUGAACACUUGGAGAUUUCGGGUUGCUCAGAGCUUAUCAUCUUGUCAACAAAGGGGUUGUUACCUAAGGCACUUAAACACCUGGACAUUGCUGAUUGUCCAAAGUUAAAGUCCAUAGCAAAGAGCUUCGAUAAAGGCAUGUUUGUUGGGUUUAUCCAGAUCAAGAACUGUAAAAAUCUUGAAUUCAUACCUGAGGGUAUACAUAAUCUGAAUAGUCUCCAUACAAUGUAUGUACAAGAUUGUCCGAGUCUUGUCUCCUUUCCUGCAGAAGGGUUUCCCGACACCAACUCAACCGUGUUAUCAAUCGAGAGGUGUAACAAACUUGAAGCUCUACCCAUUGGCCUGCACAAUCUCAGCUGCCUUCAACAAUUAGUAAUAUGGCAGUGCCCAGGUAUUAUGUCCAUUCCCAAGGAAGGCUUUCCUACCAACCUAACCUCACUUUCAAUUGCUGAUGCCAAUCUGUUUAAGUCACUAUUUGAGUGGGGUCUUCAUAAUCUCACCCAUCUAAGAAGCCUCGAGAUUAGGGGAUGCCCAGAUGUAAUUUCUUUCCCAAUAGAGGAAAUGAAUAUGGUGCUUCCGACCUCUCUAACUCAUCUGACUGUUAGAAGAUUCCCGAAAUUAAAAUAUUUAUCAUCUAGGGGUUUUGAGACCCUUAGGUCACUUCAAGAACUUUCCAUUAGUGAUUGCCCGGAGCUGUCAUCCCUUCCGAAAAGUUUGCCAUCCUCACUUCUGCAAUUGUAUAUUUAUAAUUGUCCUUUGCUGAAAAAGCAGUGCAGAAGGAAUAAAGGACAAGAGUGGCCUAAGAUUGCUGACAUUCCUCGUGUUAGAGUAGAUUAUGAAUUCAUCUACGAUACAUAGAUACAAGGCCAACUCCCCAAUGCAAUCUAUCAGUGCCGAUACCUAGAUGAUGGCAUACAGAUGGUUUGAGAAGCUGGGUUCCAAUAUUAUGAACUAUCAGGAUAGGAUGCCAAACACAUUUGAGGUCAGUACCAGUUCACAGGCUUUGCUGCAUUGCAUUGCUUUCAUCUCUGUUCUGGAAGGCAUUCUCCCAGGCGCUGCUUUCAUCUCUGUUCCGGAAGUUAGCCACUUCGCCUGAUUGAUCUUUAUGUAGGCUGUAGUUGGUGAAAGGAUUUCCCUUGCAUCUAUUACUUUUGGGAAGUAACAUCUAGUGGAUGAUGUCUUUAUGGUAACCACACAUAUGGAGUACAACUUUUAAUUCUUUCAGGAAGCCCAGAUAACAUAAUUGAUCUAGACUAUCGUACCUAGGCUUCCUCAAAUUACUGUUGGGUUUGCAUUAAUUCCCUUUGAAAUGAGGUGUAUGAAAGGUAAUUUUGUGAACUUCUUUGAGGUAUGACCAUUGAAUACCUUUAUGUGUAUGAAUUCACAUAUAUACUAAAUGAGGCUUUAUGUGAUUGAUAAGGCACUGGAUUUUUCUCUACUGAAAGGAGGUUGCAAUUGCAGAGGCACAAAAUUUUCCCUUCCUAACGUAAGCACAUUGUCCCACACCUUCAUACUUUUUUAGUUUUGACCGUAUAAGUUAUUAGCAUGGUUGUGAACCCAUCCUUGUCUGUGUCGAGACAAAAAUACUUGUUGAAAUUAAACUGCCACUUACCUAGCAGGACGACAUCCAGAUAUUUGAAAAACUCGUUGGUCCUGGAGGGACAAUGUUGAGUGAGUAGAAGUAAUUACGGAGACAACAGAGCAGCCAAUUCUGGGAAAAUAGCAUGGGAAUAUUAUGGAUACAACGAGAUAAUAAUGAGCAUUAAUGCCUUCUUUUGGUAGAACAUCUACCCGAUUCAUCUUGCUUUUUACUUGGGAUGAAUAUCUGAGCUUUUGGAGCCUGUUUGUUUGUAUCCCCUCAGCAAAAUAUCAGUUUCCCUGCCUGCAACGGCCAUCCAUUGGGGCACCAGAUGUUGUGUUGGCUGUGUUUAGAGCUUGCAGCAUUAAUCUUUGGCAAAUUUCAGUCAAGGGUGAUUAAUGGAGCUAUGGUAUUAUUUGGAAAAGUUCGUAUCACAGGAUUUUGAUUUGCAAAUUUAAUUUCAUGAUAGUGAUGAGUAGCAUACAUAUAAGAUUGUGCUAUGUUUGUUGAUGAAUUAAUCAUGUAACAUGAAUGAGAUGUCAGAUAUACAUAUCAUUUAUGGGCGUGAAGUGAAAAGGAUAAAAUUGUCAUUUCUUAUUUAAAUAUUAAAAUGAAAGUAGAGUUGGACCUGAA